AUGACAGCUCUCACUCAUGCCACUACAGUGGAGACUCCGUACAUCAACAGUGCUGCCAUCGUCAAUUCAGGCUCUUACUUCAUGCCGCGAGCUAGCGUUGUCCAACUGCCAGUCCUCACCACUUUCAUCCCGAGUCUGCCUCAGAAUACCCCGUUCCGAGUGUCUGUUCAUAGCUGGGACAAACCUCGCCCCAGCCUUCUAAUGGAGAGUUUGAUGCAACCAGAUGAUGCCUUGCUCUUUGAGAUCCGGAUUUUCAUUGACGGGUUAUGCGUUUCAAUCAGAGUGGUUAUAGCUGAAGGAUUUGCUCGGCCAAAUCGCAAUCCUCCCUUCGAGAGAGUCAAGGAUAUAAUUGCGUUCUCCUUCCAGCAUGCGCCUCUGCCUGAUCCCAGAGCAGAAGUCCUAGAGUGUUCCAACAUUGCCUGGCCUAAUUCUGGCAUGUGGUCCCGCGGGCAACGUGUCUUCAAAUACAAUGCUGGAAGCGUUCUGAGUGACGCAAAGCAAGAAGAGGACCUGCAUGCCCACUCGCCAACUCGACAUGAGAAUCGAAGCGUGGUAGCUAACAGCAACCGAGUCAGUAACCCAGCGGCGUAUACAGCUUGGCCGUAUAGGAAUUAUCCACCUCCCCCACCUCAGUGGCAAAAUAACAACAGGGAGACAACAUGGACGUAUCAAUCUACUCAAGAACCUCUCAUGACGGACCCUUUCAUCGAUCCACACAUCCUUGACCCCACUGCACGCCAUCGAGGGGCAAGACCGUCUUGGGAGGACGUGUGUAUGCCUGAUUAUAUCUCCAAUUCAUCCAGUAGCCGCGCUAUAUCCAGCAUGACCGGUAUAAGCUACGAGCAUAGCAAGCAACCAAGCAUUGUUGCUCCUAUCGAUGAGGAAACAUAUUCUCAACUUUUCGAGGGAGUCAGUCCGCCAAAGCCUCUCGCCUGCAUUUCUCAAGCACCCAAGAAUACGUCAUCAGCAUUGCCUCCUGUUGCUUCUAAACUUUCUGCUGCUGGCGAAGAGCGUUCAUCAUCUUGUGUCAAGACAGCAAGGCGUCCCUCAAUUCUGAAGGAGCUUUCACAGCCAGUAUCCAGAAGCGUCUCUGGUUCCAGCGCCAAAUCCAGUCUCCCUGCCGAGGCAUUGCUGGAAGCUACAGCAACUUGCAAACUGCACGUUAGUCCUACUACACAGAUCAGGAGCAAGAAGGAGGGAAACUGUUCGGAUAACAAAGAGAAUGAGGCCUCUAGCGAGACACCACGUCGGGAUAAUGACAAGGUCGACCGUACACCUGCCAAGCUCACCGUGCGCACGAGUGGAAAUUUUGAGACACCCGUCGAGUCCAGACGACGCCGUUCUACCACAGGUUCUGCUCGUGGAGGCGUGAGUCUCAUCACUGAAAGGGAGACGGUGCUCCUCAGUCCGUCCAAGAACUUACCCGUGGUCGAAAAUCAUGUCACGGUAGUGGAAAACCAUGAUCAACACACAAGCUUUGAUGACUUUCUGGAUACGAAACUUCAAAUCGUCGACACCGCUGCCGAUACAAUUGAGAUUAAUUAA